AAAAGUAUUUAAAUCGCCUAACAGGUGAUGUCUCGCAUUCGGUGAGUCUUCGUCAGGACAAGUAACAACCUCUGGGCUCUAAACGUUAACAUCUUUUUUUUCUUACCUCAGGGGUGAAAUCGCAAGCAUGGACUACAGAUUGGGAAUUCUACUGGUUGCUUCAGCGUUCAUUACAGCCGCUGCUGACUCAAAGGGUUGUGCAAUACUAAACGAGAAAAGUAGAAUGUACUGUUACCAAGCCAGGGUAUACACGGCCUGCAAGACAAGUUGUUCCGAGAAACUUCUACUGAAAGACGAGGGCGGCAAGUCCUACAAAGACAAUCUUUGUCCUUGGGGUAACUAUGCCAACGUAUACAACACAGCUUUUGAUUCCUAUUGCCAGCAGAAGAUAGCAGGCAACUGUCCAAAAUACUGCACAAAUCCUAGUCAGAGCGACAUUACCUGGGGACGGCAGUGUUGUAAGGCCUGCGUGGACAUGUGUGCGAAAGCUCCAUCACGUGAUAAUACUUUCCAGAAAGAAUAUCCAGGAGUCUAUUGAAAGCAAUAAAGAUUCAUGUUGAAAACAACAUUGUAAUAAAACAAUAUUCGUAAACACAUA